AUGGAUAGAAAUGCUCUGCGCCGCAAGCGUUACGCGGAAAUGUCUUCCGAUGAUAAGGCUGCCCUUUCACGUCGGAGGCGUGAGGCCAGGCUUCGUAAGAAAAAGGAGAAACCAUCGCGCUCUUAUCUUCGUAAGGUCCCGUUCGGGCAUGUUGAAACUGGUGUUUGUUUCUCUGAUUUUGCUCCUGCUCGUAAUGAUAAGCUAGCAGGUGGUCACAAUCAGAUUGCUGAUCAUCAUCCUGCUGCACCUAAAGAAUCGUUGAACUAUAUGUCUACCGCUAUAGCUACCUCGCUGUGCCUAUCCAGUGGAGCUGCUUCCUCUUCCCCGCACUUAGUACAGUGUAAUUUAGUUCCAGAAGCAAUUCUCCUGGGUGGUACAGUUCACCCUAGCCAACAUCAACCAGUUUGUAGUGCUACAAAGAUGAAAGAGCAAGCCUUUUUCUCUCCUCAUCAUUCAACUACUGUUCAGCCUUCUGACCUGAUCCAUACCAAUUUCCGGUCUGAAACAUUGGAUCACCCUUCAGAUAGCAUUGUUAGAAGCUCCAACCAGAAUCAACAAACUCUUGAUGCUCUUAAUGAAAAUGCCCGUAUCACCUCUAACGCUGUUAAGACCUUAAACUUUCAGCCCCUUAGCUCUCUCAAUUCAACGGCUUCAAAUUUCCUUUCCAGAAACUGUGUUUCUUCUUCUGCUGCAUUCAAUCUUCCAUCUAUGAACAUCUGUCACGGUACAGCUUCGUGCAGCAGCAUAGUCCCCUGUAGGAAAUGUUCUGCACAGAAUCGUUCUCAGAAAAGAAAAAAGAACGACCUUCUCCCUUCCCAUUAUUUACCUCAUAACCACUGUUCUAAGCAGAAGCAUCUCUGUCAUCUGUCUGCAGCAGCAUCCCCCUUUUCACAAGCUACAGUUGCAGGCCUUAAUGAAAAUGAACAAUCCUGCCGUCCUCCCGCUGAAGGGCCAGUUACUAGAUGCCGUCGCUCAAAAAAAUCUAAGAUUGAUGAAAUUCCUAAAGAAUCUUUAUUGCUGCCUGAUGCUCCUGAUUGUCAAUAUUGUGGAGCUAAAAGAUUUCAUUUGGAACCCCCUAGCUUUUGUUGUUCCCAAGGAGAAAUUUCUAUUGUUGCUCCUGCAAUGCCUUAUGCUCUAAAGCAUUUAUUUAUAGGAAAUGAUGAAGAAUGCGAGCAUUUUAGAAGAUUGUCUCGUACUUAUAACAAUAACUUGUCCUUCACCUCAUUUGCUGCAAAGUAUGACCCAGAAUUGACAAGGAAUGCAAUGGGAGUGUAUACCUUUCGUGUUCAGGGACAGGUUUAUCAUUUUCUAAACAGUUUGUCACAGCCUGAUCAUAAGCCUUGUGGGAUCCAUCUCUACUUUUUUGAUACCGAUGAAGAAUUGACCAAGCGAGUCGCUGCUUCUGAUAAGUUACGUCAGAGCACUUUAAAGCUUCUGAUGGACAUACUUUCUCAUAAUCCUUAUGCUAGAUUCUUUAAGGAUCUAAGGGAUGUUCCAGAUCUUGAAAAGCAUAAUAUUGUGCUUAACUGUUUUCCUGGCCUUGACCAGCGUAUCUAUAAUCUUCCUUCUACUUCUCAAGUUGCCGCUAUAUGGACUGAACAUGAUGAUGAAUCAGUCAAUAAGCAAGCGCAUAUUCUCGUUUAUAGCCACUCAAAUGCUGCUCACAAGGUCCAGCAUUAUUAUGCUUGUUAUGACCCUUUGCAGUAUCCUCUCUUAUUUCCUCGUGGUGAAUCUGGAUGGCACCACGGAAUUAAACGAGUCUAUAAAAGAAAGCGAACUGAUCAUUCCUGUGAUGAAGAGGUUAUCAUUGAUCCCUCUUCUUUACAGGAACCAGCCCAACUUAUGGAUUUAGAAAAGAGAGCUGCUGAUCAUGGAAAGAAGGAUGAACAUACUGUAUCAGCUAGAGAGUAUUACUGCUAUAGGUUCCAGAUAAGGAAAAAUGAUGAAUCCAUGCUAUUGCAUACUCUUAGAUUGCUGCAGCAAUUUUCUGUUGAUUCCUAUGUAAAAAUUGAAACGUCUCGACUGGAUUUUCAGCGCAAGAGGCAAAAUGACGUUCGAACAGAAAUCCUUGCAGGAGUAUUGGAUAGUGUUUCCAUUGGUCAGAGUGAAGGCUCAAAAGUUGGUCGUAAAGUGAUAUUACCAGCUUCUUUUAUCGGUGGGCCAAGAGAUAUGAGGCGGAGAUAUCUUGAUGCAAUGUCAUUAGUACAAAAAUAUGGAAAGCCGGAUAUUUUUCUCACCAUGACAUGUAAUCCAAUGUGGAAAGAAAUUCAAGAUAAUCUGCAAUUUAAGGAAAAACCUCAAGAUAGGCCAGAUCUUUUGUCUAGAGUAUUCAGGGCAAAAUUUGAAAUGCUCAAGGCUGAACUUUUAGACAGAAAAAUUUUUGGAGAGGUCGCUGCAUGCGUUUACGUUAUUGAAUUCCAGAAACGUGGCUUUCCUCAUGCUCACUUGUUAUUAAUCUUGAGACCACAAUUCAAGCUGCUUAAUCCUGAGUCAUACGAUAGAAUAGUUUCUGCUGAGCUCCCUGAUCCUAAGCAGUUCCCUCAUUUGUAUUCUCUUGUUCUUAAGCACAUGGUUCAUGGACCUUGCGGGGAAAUGGGCAGGAAUAGCCCUUGUAUGAAAAAUGGUAGCUGUAAAAAUCAUUAUCCAAAAAACUUCUGUGAACACACAACUCAUGCCGAAGACAGCUAUCCAUACUAUAGGAGAAGGGAUAAUGGCAGAAAGAUAACUGUCCGCAGGUUUGAACUUGACAAUAGAUGGAUCAUUCCUUAUAAUCGUUAUCUUUUAGCCUUGUUUGAUUGCCACAUGAAUGUAGAAAUCUGUUCUACUUUGAAGCUGGUUAAAUAUUUAUACAAGUACGUCUUUAAAGGACACGAUCUUAUCAGUUUCAAAAUUAUAUCUGAUGAUUCCCGUCCUGAUGUCGAUGAAAUUAAAGAAUUCCAGCAGGGAAGAUGGAUUUCACCUCCUGAGGCUUUUUGGCGCAUCUUUGAAUUUAGGCUAAACGAGAUGACUCCAGCUGUCUAUACUCUCCAAGUUCACCUACCUGGGCAGCAGCUUAUCACUUUCAACAAAAACUCAGACCUUUUGCAGCUACUGAGGAAAAUUGAUUUCUCAAAGACCAUGUUAACUGAGUUCUUCAAGAUGAACAAAACAAAUGCAAAGGCUGAAACGUUGAAGUGCUUUUAUAGGGAAUUUCCAGAACAUUUUGUUUGGUCUUUUAAAUUUAAAACUUGGACUGAGAGAAAGCGUAAAAAAGCCAUUGGAAGGCUGGUCACGGUCAGCCCUCGUGAAGGAGAGAGAUAUUACCUUAGACUCCUGCUAACUCAUGUUCGAGCACCUACGUCAUUUGAUGACCUGUUAACUAUUAAUGGCCAAAAAAUGAAUUGCUUUAGAGAUGCUGCUUUGGCCCUUGGACUUUUACAGUCUGAUACAUAUAUACAAGAGACUCUUGAAGAAGCAGUUGUUUUCCAAAUGCCAUCCUCUUUGAGACUGUUAUUUGCUACUAUUCUUGUUCAUUGUGCUCCAGCGGAUCCUAAGUUUCUUUGGGACAAAUUUCAGCUAGAUCUCUCUGCAGAUUACCAGCGAUCCCAACAUCUUUGUUUUUAUACGGCUGAAGAAAUUAGAAAUAAAGUCCUACAGGAAAUUAAAAGAAUGGUCGAACAAAUGGGUAAAAGCUUUGCUGACUACCACUUAGCUGUAAACACUUCAGCAGAUGUUCACUCUGAUCAGCUAACAAAGGAAAUUGAAUGUGAGAGGAAUAUUGAAGUUCUGGCAGAGGAUCUUCUAAUGCCUUUUAGAUUGAAUGUUGAACAACGGCAUGCCUAUGAUUUAAUUCUCCAGUCAGUUUUCUCUCCUGUUGGCCAAAGUUUUUUUAUUGAUGGCCCUGGAGGAACUGGCAAGACCUUCCUAUAUAGGUCUCUUCUAGCUACUUUGAGAUCCCAAGGCCACAUUGCCAUUGCGGUUGCAACGUCAGGUGUCGCAGCCUCUAUUCUUCCAGGAGGAAGAACAGCCCACUCUAGAUUUAACAUACCGUUAGAUUUUUCUAGAAAUAAAACCUGCCAGAUUAGUAAACAGGGCAGUAUUGCAAGAUUACUUUUUCAAUCAAGGUUAAUCUUGUGGGACGAGGCUUCAAUGGCCAAACGAGAAACUGUUGAAGCCUUUGAUGGUUUGCUUAGAGAUAUAAUGGACUGUGACGUUCCAUUUGGAGGAAAAGUAGUUGUUUUCGGUGGCGAUUUUCGUCAAACUUUGCCAGUUAUCAGACAGGCUACAAAACUGGUUCUUAUAGAAUCUAGUCUUCCUAGCUCUCAUUUGUGGUCUUCCAUGCAAAAGCUCCAGCUGGUACAAAAUAUGCGAGCCAUCUUAGAUCCAGCAUUCUCAGAACUCCUAUUGAGAAUCGGAGAAGGAAGAGAAGCUGUUGAUAGGCAUGGUGAAAUAACUUUACCUUCUGAGAUGGUCAUUCCUUAUACUGAAAAAGAAGAAUCUUUGAACAGGUUGCUUCAAUCUGUUUUUCCGGAUUUAACUAUGUAUUCAAAAGAUCCUUAUGGUAUGAUCAAUAGAUGUGUCCUUGCUCCAAAAAAUAGCUCAGUGGAUGAAAUAAAUGACCUAAUGAUCAGAAGAUUUCCGGGAAAUCUUCAUGUCUAUGUCAGUUCUGAUAGAACCGUUGAUCCACGACAUCAAGGAGACUAUGAAGAUUUCUUGAAUUCUCAAAAUCCAAAAGGCCUUCCUCCUCACAAGCUACUGCUCAAAGAAAAUUGUCCAAUCAUGCUUAUAAGAAACCUGAACCCUACAGAAGGAUUGUGCAAUGGUACACGACUCAUUUGUAGAGAGCUGAGGCAGAAUACUAUCUGUGCAGAAAUUGCUUUUGGUCAGCAUCAAGGAAAGAGAAUUUUCCUCCCUAAAAUUCCUUUACAAGUGUCUGAUGAUGACAAAAAUGGCCUGCCAUUUAUAAGAACACAGUUUCCUGUUCGUGUUUGUUUUGCCUUGACAAUCAACAAAUCCCAAGGCCAAACACUAGAUUAUGUUGGAAUCUACCUUCGCGAACCAGUUUUUUCUCACGGCCAACUAUAUGUUGCUUUAUCUAGAGUUAAAACUUCUGCAGCACUUAAAGUUCUUAUUCUGCCUGGAACUUUUGAUGGAAUAAAAAUAGAUUGCAAGACUAGAAAUGUAGUAUUUCAGGAAAUACUUCAGCUAACUGAACACUAG